CACGCCGAAGUGACACGGCAGAACGAAAUGUCUGAAAGGAUCUAGGCGAACACAAUCCAGGGUCCUGACUGGAAACGGGUUGAACGAACCCAGAGUAUAGGAACAACAUCUACGAUGCAUGCCAACGCUCACGGCAGGAAGCAAUUGAUACGACCAGAUGGAACCAAUGACCGGCCUCGGGAAGGGACCAGAGCUCGAGAGCGCGGAGCGCCCAAUGAACAUCGAUGAAGCGGCGACUCUACAUCAGGUUCGCACGUGUCGCGUUUGGUUCCGCGCCUUUAUGACAGAGUUCGCCGUGAUGCCGCACCGUGCGUGCCGCUGUGUGCACAUUGCGAGCAUAGAGGAAGACUACCGAUCGUAGACGAAUGAUGGCUUCAAAGCAUCCAUCGAUGCCGAGUUGAGACAACCACCGAGUAGCGUCCCGAU